UCGCCCUGCAGCCUCGCAGUUUCGAGCCAAGUUUUCUGCCAUGAACACGACCGAACCUUGAUAGUUUUAAUUUCUCGAACUUAGGUUUAAGGAUAUUUAUUACGUGUGUGUUGUAUGGUACCUGUAAGCAACGACGCAUGUUUGUGGAUCUAUGUUAGCGAAUCGUAAUGUCGAUUAACGAAGACACGAUCUCUGCCAACCUCUCGGACAACGACUCCCCCCACACGACCAUGAACCCCCCAACGUCCGACGACCGUGCGCAGGGACGUGCCACCGAAAAAACGACGACCCCAACGACCACGCCGAGGCAAGGGAUGGAGCAGCAGCCGGAGACGCAGGCAGGACAACCCCAUAAAGGGAUUCCCCUGUUGUCGAGGUUGCCUAAGCUUAAGCGCGAAAAGUCCUACUCGGAGACACUCGAGAGAAAGAAAAAGAAGGUCAAGUUCUCCACAAGUGACGCGGGCGAUGACGUCAUUGUCGACAUGCGCGUGUUUGACCCCCACGUGGUCCCUAUUCAUCCCGCAGAAGGCGGCGACGAGGGCCUGGAAGACCGCGCUAUCCAUUCACCUUUCAAGAAGCUUCUUAGAAAGAGAUCCAAGAAGAGGAAGUCGACAAUUGAAACCCAAACGGAAUAUGGCGUUGAGACCGCAUGGAGAGAAAAAGGCAAUGGUGACUCGAAGGUGAGGAAGAAUGGCGAUCUUGGAGAAGGCUCGGCGUGUGCCGGUGAGGGCGCCCACACUGAGCAGACCCUCCCUCCGCGCCCCACUGAGAGCGGCGCCCCCGGAGGUGAGACAGGGAGGGGUACCCAGGAACAUGCACCCAGCGGCCGCCCCUCCACCGCCGAAGCACCCGAGCAUUGCCUUGCCAAAUCCUCAACCGAGUUCACGAGUCUGACAUGUCCCGAACCUGGCGAGGAAAAGAAUGUCAGCUGUGAUGUCACGGCGUCCGCAGUGCCAUACCUUGCAGUGAAUGAAGGAUGUGAGAGUGUGUCUGCGUUUAGUACGUGUGAGGAGUGUGUGUGUGCCCAUGAGAGGUGCCCCAACCCACCAGUACCUGAUGAGAGUUGUGAACACGGCAACAAGAGGCUCCUACGCGAUGGUCAAGCCCCGCUACCUCCGUGCCAGUCAGCAGAAGGUAGUGUGAGGUCCGGUAGUGACGCCCCUGGUGAAUGCCGCCCCACGCCGGGGACUCAGGAGUUCAGCGUCAGUAGCGAAGCUGACUCUUCGCCACAGCAAGAUGGAACUUUGCCCGAUGGCACUGAAGAUUUACCAGGAACGCCUGAAACCCAAGAACCAAGUGCCAGCCCCUCCCAGGUGACCGUCAAGCGCGAGGGUACCUUCACCCUGGACGGUCCUCCUCCAGCCAAAAUCACGAAGUCUGCCGACGACGCUACCGGCGAAGAUGCCACGCCAGCCGGAGGUCAAAUCGUAGAGCCCCUGCAGUUCUUUAUUCCUCUAGUCACUUCUGAGCCUAACUCAGAUAAUGUUAACUCAGGAAAACCCAUAAAGAAGAAUUCCCCUUCACGUGUAACUAAAACCAAAGAAAACAGAGCUACGAAAGCCCUAGAAACAAAAAGUAACGUAAAGCCCCAGGAGCAACCUUCCGCCGCAACAGCACUGAAAAGCAAUGCAAGACGAACCUUGGCGAAUGUUUGGAAGAACACCGUCAAGCCUCAAGAGACCCAUAGUAAAUCGUCGAAGCCCACGCCGAAGCCUGCCCCCAAAACACCACCUACAGGCGAGGCUUCGGCUAAAAGGCUGCAAGAUAACAAAACAACGAGUAGCAGCUUGCUGAGAAAGCAAGAGACAACCAGACCGCUGGUGUCGAAGGAGAAGCAGGCGAGCUCGACGUCAAUCGAAGAGUCGCGCGCGCCCCAGCGACUCAGUAGAAGCCCCACAAAGAAGCCACCCCGACAGGAUUCCCUCAGAAAGUCGGGAGAGAAAGGUUCGGUGUGGGCCGCCGUUUCUCUGCCCUCUUUCAGGAGAGACGGGACCUUUACCAAGAAGUAUGACUCGGAGAGGGACAGACUGCAGGCGGAAUGUAUCAAACUCGGCGUCGAAAAGGACAGACUUCAGAGCGAACUGAACGAGGCCCGCACGCGGUUGGAGGAGGAGGUGGUGGCUAGGAAGGCUCUCAGACGCACCCACGAACUCAACCUACGCCAGCUGAGGGAGGCAGAGCUGAGGAGGACGGAAGGGCUGCUCGCCGACAUGAAGAACAGACUGGAGGACGAGAAACGCGAGACAUUGCUGCAACAAAGGGACACUCUGUCGAGGAGCCAUGAGUGCGAGCUGCUGCGAGCCGAGCGGGAGCGUGAGGAGAACCACCGGCGGGCGCUACAGGAGGCCCGCCACGCACAGGAGAGGUUGAAGGCGGAGAUACGGAGGGAGGCGACCAGAUCCGAGCCCUCUGCUGCGUCUUGCUGUCGCUGCACGGACCGUGACCUGGAUCGCCUGAACCGAGAGCUCUCCACGCUGCGGGAACACAAGAAGAGACUGGAGGAGGCUGUACAGACCCUCCAGGAGAGUGAGCGGCAGCGGGCGGGAGAGCUGAGGCGCCUCCACGAUGAACAUGAGGUGGCCAUUGCGAAGAUCCACCGGGCCAACAAGUCUGAGGGAGCCCGCCUGCUGGAUGAACUGCGGUCCAAGGAACGCACCAUUGGCCUCCUGGAGCGGCAGGUGGCGGCGCAGGCUGCAAAGAUACGCCUUCAGGAGGAAAAGGUGAGUCCCCGCAACGCCCUCACCUGUGAUUGCGGCGGUGACGGGACAGACUUGCAGCAGCAGCGGGAGGGCAGCAGCGACCGGGCUGACGACGCCGCCAGAAAGCACACGGUCACGCCUCUAAUUUGUGACGUCAAACUUCUACACACCCUUGUUCUAACCACGCCUUCAACUCCGUGA